CACCACCCACCCACCACCACUCCCACCACCACCACCACCACCAUUUUUUUUGUUCCUCUGUCUGACAGAAUAGAAGAGAGGGAAAAAGGACCUGAUUGAUUAACUCUGCUAAUUAACUUCAUUAUACAACACCUCAGAUCCUUUUUUGUUUUUCUUCUAAUUGAAUCAUAAUUUCACUGCAUUGCUGCUGCCUAAAAUGGAUAAGAGGAGUUGGCCUUGGAAGAAAAAAUCGUCUGAUAAGCAAGCAGCUGAGAAAGUAGCUGCCACACUAUCAGAUUCUUCUGCAGCUGCUUCAGACACGGGUGCAACUCCUCAAGCGGAAAAGGUGAAGCAAGAAACUAACAAAAAGCCGAAGUAUGUUCAAAUUUCUAUGGAAUCGUACACGCAUCUCACUGGAUUGGAGGAUCAAGUGAAGUCCUAUGAAGACCAAGUGCAGUCAUUGGAGGAUGAAGUAAAAGAACUGAAUGAAAAGUUAUCGGAAGCCGAUUCCGAAAUGACCAACAAAGAAAAUCUGGUCAAACAGCACGCCAAAGUUGCUGAAGAAGCUGUUUCAGGUUGGGAGAAGGCUGAGGCGGAAGCUGCAGCACUGAAAAAUACUCUCGAAUCCGUCACGCUGCUAAAGCUUACCGCCGAAGAUCGGGCGGCACAUUUGGAUGGUGCUCUCAAGGAAUGCAUGAGGCAGAUACGGAAUUUGAAGGAAGAACACGAACAUAAAUUGCACGAAGUUGUCCUCAACAAAGCAAAGCUGUUCGAUAAGAUGAAGCUAGAAUUUGAAUCCAGAAUAGAUAAAAUGGACCAAGAGCUAAUGAGGUGUGCUUCCGACAAUUCUGCACUGUCGAGAUCUUUGCAGGACCGCUCCAACAUGCUGAUCCAGCUAAGCGAAGAGAAAUCAGAAGCUAUGGCUGAGAUCGAGCGUUUGAAGAGCAACAUCGACUCCUACGAAAAAGACGUGAAUUCACUCAAAUACGAGGUCCACAUUGCUAGGAAGGAGUUAGAAAUUCGCAACGAGGAGAAGAACAUGAGCGUUCGCUCCGCUGACGUGGCAAACAAGCAGCAUCUUGAAGGAGUGAAGAAAAUCGCGAAGCUUGAAGCAGAGUGUCAAAGAUUACGAGGCCUCGUUCGGAAGAAAUUGCCGGGUCCCGCUGCACUAGCACAGAUGAAACUUGAAGUCGAGAGCUUGGGCAGAGACUAUGGAGAUUCUCGUCUGAGGAGGUCUCCAGUGAAGCCUCCUACUUCUCCACACUUGUCUGAAUUUUCGAUUGACAAUGCACAUAAGUACCUUAAAGAGAACGAGUUGCUCACGGAACGCUUACUAGCAAUGGAGGAAGAAACGAAGAUGUUGAAGGAAGCCUUGGCAAAGCGUAACAGCGAACUGCAAGCUUCUAGAAGUUUCUCUGCCCAGACGGCAAGCAAGCUUCACAGUUUAGAAGCACAACUGCAAGCUAAUGGUGAAAUGGGAAGUCCUUUGAAAUCUAGUACUCACGUCUCCGCCGAAGGUUUCUCUUGUAAGAAAGCUGCAAGUUUCACCUCUAUGUCUGAAGAUGGAAAUGAAGACAGUGUAAGCUGUGCUGGUUCGUCGGGUACUGGAUUGAUGUCUGAGCACUCCCAUUUCAAGAAGGAAAGGAACAUCGACAGUCCACACAAGUCUGAAAACACGAAUCGUUUGGACCUUAUGGAUGAUUUUCUGGAGAUGGAGAAGCUGGCAUACCUGUCGAACGGAACAGUUUCGAGUAAUGCAGAGUCUGAACUCGUAAAAGACGAAGUUUCAGUCGAAGUCACCGUCCACACAGACUCCCAAUCAGAUGACCAGUGUGUGACUUUAGCAAACCAUCAACUGCAAGCAGACCCACUCGUCUUUGUGAAACUCCAAUCGGAAAUAUCCAGAGUGCUCGAGUCGUUGUCUAAUGAGAAAGACAUGGAAAAAGUUACAGAUGACAUUAGAUGUGUUAUGGAGGAUAUGCGCGAAACUCUGCAUCAACACUCGGCAAAUGGGGUGGCCAACACUGUGGAAACCACCAAUCAAAAAUUAGAAACCGCCAUUUCUCAGAUUUACGACUUUAUAACGAUUCUUGGUAAAGAAGUUAGCUCUCUCCCAGCAGCAACUCCCGAUGAAGAUGGACUAAACCAAAACCUCAACAUGUUCUCUGCCAAAUAUAUCGAACCUUUACCCCGGGAUAUUAAUCUAAUCGAUUAUCUUCUCGACGUUUCUCACGUAUUAACCAAAGCAAGUGAGCUGCACUUCAAUGUCCUCGGAUUUAAAAGUUCUGAAGUGGAAACUGGUAGUUCUGAUUGCAUUGACAAAAUCGCACUACCAGAGAACAAGGCUGUUGUGGAUUCAUUAGGAGAGAGGUACCCCCCCAUUGGUUGUGCACACUUCUCCGAUUCUGCAUCUGAUCCUGAUAUUCCAAAUGACGGGAAUCUUGUCCCAAUCUCUGAAUCAACAGCAACUUCUUGGAAAUGUUCGUUCGAGGAGUUUGAAGAAUUGAAAAUGGACAAGGAUAACCUCGCAGUCGAUCUUGCUAGAUGCAUGGAAAACUUUGAGAACACGAAGUCUCAGUUACUGGUAACAGAGCAGCUUCUCGCUGAGGUUAAGUCGGAAUUAACAUCAGCUCAGAAGUCAAACAGCUUGGCCGAAACACAGCUCAAGUGCAUGGCGGAAUCGUACAGGUCACUCGAGACGAGGGCCGAGGAAUUGCAAACCGAAGUAAAUCUUCUCAAAGGGAAAAUCCAAAAUUUGGACAGUGAGCUCCAGGAGGAGAGAAGAAGUCACCAAGAGGCAACCAACAGAUGCAACGAUCUUCAAGAGCAGCUUGAAAGGAUUGAUAAAAUUACAACAGCAGAUAUUGACGACAAACCUAGCCAGGAGAAAGAUUUGGCAGCUGCAGCCGAAAAGCUAGCCGAGUGUCAAGAAACCAUAUUUCUUCUCGGUAAGCAAUUGAACUCUCUACGCCCCCACACAGACACCGCAAGCUCUCCAAAUAGCACAAGGAGUCAAAAAAUCGAAGCCUCGGCCGAACAAGAACCAACCAUAAGCGGCACAAAUUUACGAGACAUUGAUCCAUCUGAAAUGGACACGGUCACUUCUUUCCAUUUGGAUAGGGCCGGGUCGGAAUCCCCGUUGGAUCUCUUCACCGCCCCGUUUAGUCCGUCAGAUUCGGAUCCAAACAAUUUGCUGAGAUCGCCCGUCGGGUCAAAGUAUCCGAAUCACCACCGCCCGUCGAAAUCGGGCUCCUCUUCUUCCUCUUCUUCUACACCCACACCGGAGAAACAUGGUCGUGGAUUCAGCAGAUUCUUUUCCUCAAAAGGAAAAAUUAACGAGUAACGAAUAUCGCCCUGCAUUUCAACUAUCAUAAUACGAGAAGAUUACAUAUCUAUCUAGCUGAAGCAAAAUCGAAGUUUGUUUUUUUUCUCUCUCCCUGUAAAUAAAGACGAAGAAACUUUUUAUCAACUUUUGUCAUACUUGUAAUUUGGUGUUAGAUUCGAGAGGGUUCUUUUCGAAAGUGGUGCAUCGAACGGUCGAUUUUCCCUUUUUCGAUUCACAUGGCAAAGAGAUCGACUACCGAUUGUUUUGAUUCGAAACCUUUGUUUUGGAUUAGGAUGUUUCAGUUCAGAGGUUGUUUGUUAAGAUGUUAAUUUUAUGUGCUACACAAUGGGACCAUGAUCGUGUACCUAUUUUCUUGGAUUCAUUUUUUGGUCUGUUGUAAUUUGUUUUAAAUUAAAUUGAUUUGUUUGUUAGU